GUGAGGAAAAAUACUUCUCCCUGAAACAAGUGAACUACAGUAAGUUUAAAAAGUACCGGGUGACAAAAUACUUUUGAAGUAACGCGCCCCAACACUAAGAAGGAGAGAGGAGGGACCCAUGCGCACUUUGCGCAUCUGAAGUCCCCCUCUCCUCUCCGCCUCCACCUGAGGCGGGCAAUUAGAGCAGCCGGUCACCAAGAAAAAAUAGGUCUUUGCGAUUGGCCGGGACAGAUGAAUUAGUUGGCAUUCAGUGUCUGCAUGGAGGGUAAGUUCAGCACGCAGAGGGGGACAAAGUGUUGGGAUGUAUACGGAGGAGUCACGACGCACGACGCAAACGCGGUUCGUCAUGACCUGAAGUGAAUCACGAUGGGAUUUCUUUAGUGACGUGAAAAUUUAGGUUGGAUGCAAUUAGACAUGGCUUACGUGCUGCAUAUUUACCAGCAGCUGUAGUUUUUAUAGCUUCCUUUUAAAAAAACCCCCACCGUCUUUCAUCACCUUGUUUUUUGAGCUUCUUGUUUAUUUAGUUUUGAAAGGUGUUGGCAUUUCACUGUAGAUUUUUCUGCGCUCUGAACUUGCAAUCUAUUCUUUUUUCAUGAAGUGCGGAGAGUGGCUGCGCUUUGCGUAGAAGCGCCAGUGAAGUCAAGUGUUUUGCGGAUUUCUCCUGGAAGACGCUGCUUCGUGCUCCGUGCACCUGUGGACGCCUUUUUUGUAAUCAUUUUUUUUCCUUCCCCGCGUACACGAGCCAUUUUUUUUUUUUUUUUACUUUUUAGGGGCUUUCCAGCAGCAGCAUAAAGACGCGUCUGUCGGAUGCACGGCUGGAUUUCCAGAGGUCUGCUCAGAUUCAGCACCACAUCAGCUUUGAACAGCUCCCCGUCGACGCGUGUGGAUGGGCUCUGUCGGUCUCCGUGUCUCCUGCAGCUCCUAACUACCGGCAACAAUGGCAUCACACGGUUUUUGGUCUCUCGGCGGAGAUAAUGCGGGGGCCAAUACCGGGAGUCAGAGCCCCAGUACGCCCAGGGCUUGGUGCCAAGCGGCGGCCCAGAAAUUAUCCGGAGGAAUUGGAUCGAAAUUAUGUGCGCUGCUCAAUGUCGGGGAAGUGGAGAAACCCGCCGAGCCCGGCGCCAAGCAGCCGCCACAGCAGACGGCAACUGCCGGCAACUGCGGCUGCAACAAAUCCUGCAACUGCACCAAAGCUGCCGUAGCCUUCUCCGACCUCUAUUCAACAGACCUGUUACCUGCCAUGGACGGUGACACCAAGACAAUGACCUUCCUGCAGGAAGUUGUGGAUAUUUUAAUGGCCUACAUCGUGGAGUCUUUCGACCGGGAAACGAAAGUGAUUGAUUUUCACUACCCCAACGAGCUGCUGCAGAUGAACAACUGGGAGCUGCAGGACGAGCCCGCGACUCUGGAUGAUAUCUUGAUCAGUUGUCGCGCUACUCUGAAAUACGCCAUCAAGACAGCCCACCCCAGGUACUUCAAUCAGCUCUCCACAGGAUUAGACAUGGUUGGACUGGCAGCCGAUUGGCUGACAUCCACUGCUAACACCAAUAUGUUCACCUAUGAGGUGGCUCCUGUCUUCGUGCUGCUGGAAUACGUCACUCUGAAGAAAAUGAGGGAAAUCAUUGGCUGGCCAGAUGGGCGAGGAGAUGGCAUUUUCUCUCCUGGUGGUGCUAUUUCUAAUAUGUAUGCCAUGCUGCUGGCCCGUUUCAAGAUGUUCCCUGAAGUGAAGGAGAAAGGAAUGUCAUCCGUUCCCAGACUGGUGGCCUUCACAUCCGAACAUAGCCAUUUUUCAAUCAAAAAAGGUGCAGCAGCUCUUGGCAUCGGGACUGAAAGUGUGAUCUGCAUCAAAGCGGAUGAAAGCGGUAAACUGGUCCCCGCUGACCUUGAGAGGAGAAUACUGGAGGCGAAACAGAAGGGGUUUGUACCUUUCUUUGUGAGUGCGACUGCUGGAACAACAGUAUACGGAGCCUUUGACCCUCUCAUCGCUAUUUCUGACAUCUGCAAAAAGUACAACAUCUGGAUGCAUGUGGAUGGUGCAUGGGGAGGAAGUCUCCUUAUGUCCAGGAGGCACAGAUGGAAGCUGGAUGGAGUUGAGAGAGCCAAUUCAGUUACAUGGAACCCGCACAAAAUGAUGUCAGUCCCUCUGCAGUGUUCUGCCCUGCUGGUCAGAGAGGAGGGUUUGAUGCAGAACUGCAACCAGAUGCACGCCUGCUACUUGUUCCAGCAGGACAAACACUACGACCUCUCCUACGACACCGGAGACAAAGCGCUACAGUGCGGACGCCAUGUGGACAUCUUCAAGCUGUGGCUCAUGUGGAGAGCCAAGGGCACCAUUGGGUUCGAGGCUCAGAUUGACAAGUGUCUGGAGCUGUCGGAGUACCUCUACAACAAGAUCAAAGACAGAGAAGGAUACGAGAUGGUCUUUGAUGGAAAACCUCAGCACACCAAUGUCUGCUUCUGGUACCUCCCUCCUGGGAUCCGCUACAUGGAGGACAAAGAGGAGAGAAAGAAACACUUGCACAAGGUGGCCCCAGUGAUCAAAGCCAGGAUGAUGGAGUACGGGACGACCAUGGUCAGCUACCAACCACAAGGGGACAAGGUCAACUUUUUCCGCAUGGUGAUCUCGAAUCCCGCUGCUACGUUCGAGGACAUCGACUUUCUUAUUGAGGAGAUUGAACGACUGGGCCAAGAUCUAUAAGACUCGUCUCACCAAGUCCUCCUGUACUUUUCCCCUUGACGGAUGAAUUGUUUGUCGUGAAUGUACUGGUAAACCUUAUUUUCUUUUCUCUCUCUUUCCUCCAAAGUCACAUAUUUAAGAGUAUAUUUGAGAAAAAAGAUCUACAGAUAUAUCCAUAUAUUAUGUAUUGUAGCUUUGCUGUGGACUGACUUGGUCCAAAGCUAUGUAAAAGUGCUUCUGUCUGCUUUUCCUAUAGUGUAGUAGAUCCCAGAGUAGUGUAAGUGAUGUAACUUUAUAUGUACUUUUUGUGAUAUGAAAUGCUUGUGCAAUAGGUCGAUGAGGGAAGAGUUUAUUUUUGAAUCAUUUCUCAUUUGCCGAGUAUGUUGUUAAGUGCCAAACGUGGUUGUGUUCUAUUGUAACUUUAAAUUUUAAACUUCUGGUUUAAAACUAAAAAACAAAAGCACUUCACCUUACCUCAGCUUAAUCAACUGCCUUUACAUCUGCACAUAGUCCUUCAAGCAGUGAUUCUGGACAAAUUCUCUUGGCUGGUGAUGUAUAGCAUAUAGUAUACCAGCACAUGUUCAAAAACUAUCCCAACCAGAGUUCCUGUUUUAUGGAUUUGAAAAUAUUUACAAGAAAAGAAAGCAAGAAAAAGAUUUCUAUUGAACACAACAGCAAAGUCAAUUCAAAGCAUUUAUGAGAGCAUGUUGGUCCAUCAGACAUUACCAUGGGCUUUGACAGUUUGACAGGCUUGUUAAGUCUAUUUUGUUUGUUGUCAAAUGGACACCAUUUCCAACCUGGCUGUAUAUUUAGCUGUGCUGAGUGUGCUUUACAUGUCAUAAUGAUCCAAAAUCAAUGCUUCAGAGAUGAUGUUAAGUUAUAAUCCUCAAGAUUUUCUUCAUUUCAACCUCCAUUUGUACUACAAGUAAUGUCCAUUGCCUCUGUAAUUGCCUCUCUUAAUAUUAGUUUCAAUUGCAGGAUGGUGGAGUCCGCCUUUCCCACUCAGAAUUAAAGGUAUGUUUGCUGCCCCCAGCGGUCAAUUCAUGUAACUUCUGAACUGUUUUUAGGCUAGUGGACGUCACUUGACCUGCAGUACUGACAGUGGCCACUACUCCAAAAUGGCCUCGGAGCCUAGCUUUGUUCCUGGGGGCUUGGUAUUUUCAAAUGAGAUCUUUGACUUCUAUUAUUAAAAUGCACUUGCUGUAACCAUCAGUAACCACAGCCGUCUCCAAAUCCACCAGGACUUAAAUCUUAAGGAUUAUAACUUUACAUUUGCAAACCUCUCAUCUGUAGUACAUAAUUAAAGAGGUUUUUUGGCAGUCGUGUUUUUGGAUAAGCACUUACUAAAAGACUGAGGAUCUUGAGAAACUGGGAACGGUGUAAUAAUUGUUUUGUUUGGAUAUAGGAACUUCACCAGAUUUGCAGCUACUGUAUACCUGACAUCACUUGCACUAGAUCAUCGGUGGAGGAGAGGCGUCCCUUAGCAUUGCAACUGAGAUUUCUUCUUUAUUCAUUCACAAGCAAUAUUCGAGUAUGGGUCCAAUCUAUAUGCCCUGCAAAACAUCAAGAGAAGUGAAUUCAAGUGUUCAAUAGUUGAAGAUAAUCAAGUCUCCAGACCAAAUGCACCAUAGUUAGUGACAAAUAAGCUAAAAACAUGCUUACUGUAGGCGAGUUAGUUGAUGGAAUGUGAACCCUGAAUUAACAAGCAGAGGUUCUGUAGCAUUUUCAUUAGAACAAGUUAGAAAAGCACAAUUUGCUCAACAUGGUCGGUCAGUGUACAAUCACUUUUGAUCAUAGAUUGUAAAUAGUAUUUCAAGAUGUCCUAAGUACAUAUCUUUGUGUAUACAUAUGUGUAUAUAAGACAUAUAAUCAGAGACUAUUUGUGAGGUAAAGUUAUUCAUAUUUUCUCUAUCUCCAAUAUAGAUUACUUGUAUUUUCAUCCUGUUAGUCCAAAAGGCUUUUUUUUUUUUUUUUUUUUUUUUGCUGUGUGUAUGUACGUAUGUAUGUAUGUAUGUCACUUACUUGAUUUGGUUUGUGACUCUUCUAGCUAUUUCAAAGAAAAUGCUUUUCAGGGACUGGCUUUAAAGAAAUUGACAGAUUUCACCUUGAAAUACUUUUGAGUCUUACUCAGAGAUGAACAGCAAGACUCUGGUGUUUUGGAUUUUAAAUGAAUAUGCAAAGCCAUUUUGACUCUGAAGCUCCUGUGUUUUUGUUUUUGUUUUUUUUUGUGCACAAGUGAUACUUGACGGUAUGUGCCAACGUGUACCUUAGUGUGUUUGUAACUGUGUUGCCUUAGUAUGAAUUUGCCAGUAUUGUCUAGUUUUCCUCCAAAGAGGAGGUUGUGCACUUUAGAGUAUACACAUGACCUAAUAACGUGCAAUGUCCAAUGGUUGUUCAUAAGUUGAUGUUAAAAAAAAUUCUACUCAAAAAAUGUAACUUAAGCUCUUUGGUCUGAAUGUGUCAUGAAUCAAGGGUCUGUUAGAGUAUGAAAGCAUUUAAUUUUUGCUGUUAAUAUAAAGAUUCUUGUUUAACUGUCUGUUUAACCCAUCCCAACAGAGAGUGGCCUAAAAAUUUAUUGGUCCUAUUGCUUUUUCUUUUCCUAAAUAAAAUUGGCGUACACACUGUGACACAGACAACAUCAGAUUUAUUAACAGCGACAAAGGAAUCUCACUGUGGUAGUCUUGGAAAGCCAGGCAUUUUGUAUCUCUUGCUGCUGCUGCUAGACUUGCUUCCUUUGCACGUGCAUGCAAUGCCUUGCCUAUCCAGCUUGUUUGAUAUACAGUCUCCUAUAUCUAUUUAUAUAUACUAUAUAUACAUAUAUACAGUAUGUGUAGCACCUGUAAUUAGCUUUAGUGUCCAAUGUAUAGCUUAGCCUGUAGAUUAGUGCACUGUCGCUCUAGCCUUUACAUGUGAUCUCUGUGUCUUGGGCUUCCUGUAAAGUUUCUCCGUGCUGCAAGCAUGCUAACCUCGCCUAGCACUGUAUACCUCUCCGCGCUUGAUCUGACUAUCUCUAUCCUCUGUCUUUCUCUUCUGCUUGAAGACUGUCGCUGCUCAGAACGUAGAGUAUUAUAUCUAUAUGUGUAGUCCCUCAGCAUGUCUCUCUGAAAGCUCUUCUCUGCUCUGCACCUGUAUGACCUUUUCUCUCUUUCUCUUCCGCUUCUCGCCCUCUGGUAGCAGUGACAAUGUAUCCUUGCGCUUUCCUCUUCAACGUUUCUUGGCUACCUGCUGUCGUUCUGUUUGUGUGUCUGAGACGGUAUGUUGACUUGUGUCAUGGUGCCAUAACGUCACUGUUUUUCACUUACUUUAACCAAGGCCCUUGACUCUAUGGGAUGUAUGAGAAAGAGAAUUGGGUUUGAUUGUCCAAAAACUUGUCUAAUGCAGGUGUUGUUAGCCUUUAACACAAAAAUAAAGAAAAAAUGUACCCUGGUUUCUUGCUUACAGGAAAUAUUGUUUGUUUAUGAGAACAAUUAAAACCCCUAGUACUCAGAGUGCAGUUAAUUUUCACUGAAUAUGGUGCAAUUUUGAAUCAUAUAUUCUGCAAACUGCUGUGCUAGCUUCUCUCAAACAUUCAUUUGUCCUGAACUAUAUGUUACUCUUGGGAAAAUAGAAAUAAAUAUUGUCAAAGCGAA